GGGUGAUAUUAAAAAAUAUCCUUAUACUUUGAUGCUACUAUUAGAUAUUAUCGUUUAAAUACAAAGGCAUGUAUUUUCCCAUACAAAAAUUGGCAAUGGCUGAGUAUUCUGCAGAACUAAUGGUUUAUUUCGAGAAACAUAAAAUAAUUGAAAUUAUAACGCGCUUGAUGGCCGAAAUUGGCCUUAUACGACCUACCAACCCACAGCAUUGGAUAGCCAAAAAUAUACGACGCAUUGCCGACGAGUUUUAUCAUAUGUGCCUAAAAGCAAGCUAUACGAACAGCAAUAUAGAUUACUACCAACUACCACGCCGCUUCCAUCAUCGCAUAGUCGUAUUUGGCCGCAGCGGUUCUGGUCGGAAAACUCAGGCAUUGGCUAUGACAAAACGUUUCAAUUUAGUUUAUAUUGACGCUGACCAACUAAUCCAUGCAACUUUCUUUCUCAACGACGGCUUGUCAAGAUUGUUGCAUAAAGCAUUCGCCGACAAUGUGGCAAAGGAUAAAUCGAUGGUCGUAGCUGAGAUCAUACAAAGGCGCUUGGCACAAAUGGAUGCCUUGCGUCAGGGUUGGGUAUUGAUCAAUUAUCCCCAUAAUGUUGAGGAAUUCACAGAAAUGUUUGAAAAAUUCAAAAUUCCACCCAAUAAACUUGUGUACUUGCAGUGUCCCGAAUUAAUGGCACUGCGACGCUUAGUGACAAAGCCAGAUCUGGGAUGCCCACAAAAUACAUGCAAAUAUAUAGAACAUGAGAUGAGAUAUUUCUCGCGCAAUGAAGCUACGGUAAAUGAAUAUCUUGCACGUCGCCACGAGACAAUCUACAUAGAUGCGACACGUUGCUUCGAAGCGGUGCGUACAAAUUUAUGGAGGCAAAUGGAACGCUUGCCUUAUGUGAUGGGUUAUAAAAGUUAAUAACUUACUUCGCUAUAACAAAAUUGACAUGAAGCGUUUUCAUAA